UGGUCCUCUUGUAGCAAACAAUGUGGAGGAGGGAAACGAACGAGAAGCAGGGAGUGCUCCAAUGGUGAUGUUCCGUGCUCUGGAGAUACAAGAGAAGAGGAAGACUGCAACAAACAGACCUGUUCUGCACCAGCUCAAAUGAGAUGUUACACUUGCUCAAAUGGAAAGAAAAAUAGCGAUUGUACAAGGAUUGAAACUUGCAGAAAAGAUGAAGAGUCUUGUGAAACGAAAGUUAGUAGGGACAAAGCAGAAAUCAAGAAAAGAUGCAAAAAAUCCAAAGACUGUAAGCCCACGUGUGACAAAAAAGACAAGGAAUGUACGAUGUGUUGUACUGGAGAUCUCUGUAAUAAAGUCCAAGGGUAUGCUGAAUUCAGAUCUUGGGGAUCGUGGUCUUCCUGUAGUAAAAAAUGUGGAGGAGGGAAGCGAAGGAGAAGCAGGGUUUGUUCAUUUAGUGGCAAUGCUCCUUGCUUAGGGGAUACUACAGAGGAGCAAGACUGUAACAGACAACCCUGUAUCAUAAAUCAAUUGACGUGCUUCUCAUGCAGUUUCUCAAGUUCAAAUGAGGCCUGUAACAAGCAGAGAAGGGCACAGACUUGCCACGGAGGACAAAAUAAAUGUGGUACAAGGAUCGACCGAAGGACAAAGAGAGUGUUAAAAACGUGUGCUUCGACAUGCACUCCUAGUUGUGACUUAAAGACGUGUACUUUCUGUUGUGAUACACCAAACUGUAAUAAAGAAUAUGGCACAUAUGGCCCUUGGUCGAAGUGGGAAAUGGAAAAAGUCAAUAACGUCAACAGACUAAAACGUACACGAGUCUGUACUUCUAAGGAAUGCUCUGGAAAACUUACGGAAACCAAAGACUGUACACCUGCCCUUUGUAAACCUACUGUGCUCCCUACAAUAAAGCCACAGCAAUUUGGAUGCUAUACGUGUAGUAAUGCAAAGUCUAACGAUGAAUGCAAAAGAAAGGGAGGAUUUAAAACAUGUCCAACAGGGCAAGAUAAAUGUGGCACCAGAGUGGACAAAAGAACGAACAAAAUUAUAAAGGCAUGUACUAAUGUAUGCAAACCCAACUGUGACAGGAACGCCUGCACAUACUGCUGUACAACACCUGGCUGUAAUAAUGAAUUUGGAACUUAUGGACAAUGGUCACCAUGGAAACAGGAAACUCGAAACAACGUAGAAAUUUUAGUUCGAAAACGGAAAUGUUUGAACGAUAUAUGUUCUGGCAAGGACGAGGAAACUAAGUCCUGCACACCCACACUAUGUAAAGCUCCAGCACAGCGGUGUUACGUGUGUAGCAAGGCAAAAUCCAACGGUGCUUGUUCCAAAGUGGAAACUUGCAAAAAGGAUGAAGAGGUUAUGCGAAGUGGAGUAUAUGGGGACCGUGGACGUCUUGCAAUAAGCAGUGUGGUGGUGGUCUUAAAAGGAGGAAGAGAGCUUGUUCCACCACCUCCAUGCCGUACACAACCAUGUACAACUCUUGCUGCUCCCGUGACCAUAUCCCCCAAUUCAUCACAGUUUGGAUGCUAUAUAUGUAACCAUGAAAAGAAUAGCGAUGCGUGUAAUAGGAAUGGAAUUCAAGCUUGUCCAAGAGGACAACAGGUAUGUGGCACAAGAGUUGAUAGGAACACUAAGACGGUGAUGAAGGCCUGUACGGCGGCAUGCAAACCUAGCUGUACCACCAAAGCAUGUACGUUCUGCUGUUCAUCAACAGGCUGUAAUAAAGAAUACGGAAGAUAUGGACAGUGGUCAUCGUGGAAAGAGAAGAAGGACAAAGGUGGAAAAAAGGUGUUGGUGCGGUCUCGCGCAUGCUUAAGCAAAGAAUGCUCUGAAGUCAGCUCCCAGACCAAGCCCUGCACACCCGCCUUGUGCUCCGGUUACGAGCAAAGGUGCUAUGUGUGCAACAAGGGAAAGAAGAAUAGCGAUUGUUCAAAGAUAGAAACAUGCAAAAAGGACGAACAUACUUGUGAAACGCGUGUGGAAAAGGGUAGAUUUGAAAUAACAAAACAGUGUCGAAAAGAAAAAGAGUGCAAACCUCGAUGUGAUCCAAAAGAUGCUUUCUGUGUUUCCUGUUGUACGGGAUCACUGUGCAACAAGGACGAGGGGUAUGGAAAAUAUGGAAAUUGGGGCAUUUGGACACCCUGUAGUAAGCGUUGUGGUGGUGGUAGACAGAAAAGAUUCAGAAGGUGUUCAUCAUCAAAUAUGCCCUGUGACGGGCCUUCCACAGAAGAGAGGGCAUGCAACACAGCCUCAUGUGUACAAUCUUCGGAGUGCCACAGAUGUACAAACGCCAAAAACAAUGGCGAUUGUAACAAACAGAUGAAAGAUACUUGUUCAGCUUAUCAGUCCUGUGAGACAAAGAUUAAUCGGCAGACCAAGGCACUUACAAAGAAAUGCACUUCGACAUCAGCAUGCAAAACACUCUGUCACGGAAACUCGGCGAUCUGUACUUUCUGUUGCCAAGGCGAUAACUGCAAUGAAGGAUAUGGUGAAUGGGCUCCAUGGAGUGCAUGGGCAUUAAAGAAUGGAAAGAAGUCACGAACUCGCACCUGUAAUACGAUAGAAUGUUCAGGGGAAAGCACUGAAGAAGAAAAUUGCAUCGGAACUUCUUGUUCGGGCGUUCAGAAUUUCCAGUGCAGAAGCUGUUCAAAUGCCAGGUCUGAUGCAGAAUGUAAUUUUGGACCCUUAGUCACGUGUCCUGCUGAUAAACAUACAUGCCAAACUAGAGUGGAGAGAGCAACGGGUUUGACCUCAAAAGGAUGCGCGUCACCAUCUUCAUGUACACAAGCAUGUACAGCCGGAAGUCCAACUUGUAUGUUCUGCUGCUCGGGAUCCACGUGUAAUGAAAAUUACGGCACAUGGGGUGGAUGGGGAGCUUGGUCUAUAACAGGCACAAAGGGCAGUUUAAUGACUCGCAAACGAACGUGUGCAUCAAUCCUGUGUUCAGGAGAAGGCGUGGAGACAUUGCCAUGUCGGGGACCAAUUUGUUCACAAUUUAGAUGUCAAGCGUGUAACAACGCUACAUCAAACGAAGAUUGUAACAGACAAGGAUUCCAGACCUGUGGCUCAAAUGAUGACACAUGUGGAACAUCAGUUACACGGGCGACGUCACGUAUCUCAAAGGGUUGUAAGCCCAAGGGGCAGUGUAGACCUUGGUGUGACGCUGUGUCCUGUACCUUCUGCUGCAACAGUGCUUACUGCAACGAUGUUUAUGGCGUAUGGCAGCUGUGGACGUCCUGGAAGGUCGUGUUGGUAAAUAACGUAUACAAGAGACAAAGGACCCGCAACUGUGUGACCACUUUGUGUUCUGGGGAUGACAAGGAGGAGGAAGGAUGCACAGGAGCGAAUUGUACAACUGCAAUGAUGCCUUCGAUUGACGGUGGAUUCACAGAUUGGUCCACCUGGUCAUCAUGUUCGAAAACAUGUGGUGGAGGAACAUCUGAGAAGUCUAGGACAUGUUCGCAACCUGUUCCACAGAAUGGUGGCAGGAAUUGCACUGGUUCAUUUUCGGAUUCCAGAGACUGUAACACACAAUCAUGUCCAGUGGAUGGUAACUGGGGCAUAUGGGGACCUUGGGCAUCUUGUUCUAAGAGCUGUGGUGGUGGAAAGCAACAUCGUGAGAGGAAGUGUGACGACCCUACCCCCGCUCACGGUGGCACCAACUGUACAGGGGACACUAUGCAGUUAGAUGACUGUAAUGAUAUUCUCUGCCCAUUACCGUCAUCAGGUCAAUACGUACAGAAAUGUCCACCAGGCUGGUUUACCUGUAAAAGUGGUGGCAUUACUUGCAUUGACGUAUCCUUCAAGUGUGACUGCGCGAAUGACUGUGACGACGGAAGUGAUGAGGAGAUUGCAUACGCAUCUUGCACUAUAUCACAAAUGCAAAAUUGCAAUAGUGGCACAGAUCAUAUCAGAUUUUCGUGGUGGAUCCUUCUUCUGUCCCUUACUUUAGGACUGAUGGCACUCCGCUGAAAUGAUGAAAAUGAGAACAAUAACGUUAAAAAUCACAUCACUGCUUACAGAUAAAAAUAGGAUUAUGACGUCAGUUUUGGAGUUCCAUCAGCACGUCUUGUUUUUCGACUCUCUUUAUAACAAGGCGGGCCGGGGAAGGGAAGGGAUUUAUUCACUCGUACUGAAACAUUUAUUGACUCCUGCAUCGGCAUCCUCUUCAUAUCCAGUGUCAUUAUCUAUUAAGCAUAUGUCAUUUAUAAGGAAUGACGAGGAGCUUUUGUUUGUUUUGGGGGAAAUUUGUAUUAUUGCAACACGUAUCAAAUGUUUAUAAGUUUUCUUGAUUUCUUUUUUGUUUUUAAAUAUACUUUUUCUGUAAUUUG